UUUCCUCUUCCUCCUGUACAACUGCGUGCCUCACCAAACUCUCUCCCAAAAUAUCCCCAGAUGCUUCCCAAUUUAUCCACUCUAAUUCCCAAAAUACUCUCUUUCUCAUUCUAAACUUUCUUCAAUCCAAUUUUUUCAUCCCAUCCAUCACUUAUUUUUGUGGGUUUUUUUUCGUUGGGUUAAUAGUGAAGGAAUCAUGCCGCUUGAUAAGAGCGAAGAGAGCGAGUUUGAGAUGCUAUUGAAUGAGAUCCCUCAUGUAACAUCAUCUGAUUACCAUCAUCAUGACGGCCAUCAACAUCAUCCGCAUCGUGCAUUGCCGUCGCCGUUGGCGUCCCAUGACCUGCAUGUCCACGGCCAUGGCCAUGGCAUGGAUGGUGUCAACCAAUUGAUGGAUCAUCUUCAAUCGAUGUACAUCAAUGAAAAAUCCGUUGAUCCGUUUCUCCUUCAGAGAAACAUUGGGGGUUUAUCUCCCAGAAUCCCAGUUAAUCCUUCUCCUCGCUCUGUUCUUCCCUUCAAUGAAAUCCACAAUGUGGGUUUUUCUUCUAACUCAAUUCCUGAUGGAUUUUACUCCUCAAAGAUUAAUGGGUUCGAUCCAUACUGGGAUUCUAACGCUUUGAAUCUCUCAAGUCUCCGAUCCCCAACUAGAUCCUUGUCUCCGGUUGAAAGCUUUCAAAAUGUUGAGAGGUUUGAUUACAAUUUGAGGAAAAGGAGAGGAUCUGUUAAUUGGAGUUCGUACGAUAAUUUUUUGGGGAAUAUAGGAUCCAUUUAUAUCCUUGCAAAAGAUCAGCAUGGAUGUAGGUACUUGCAAGGGAAAUUUGAUGAGGGGAAGCAUCAAGUGGAUUUGAUCUUUGAUGGGGUUAUUGCUCAUAUUGGAGAGCUUAUGACUGACCCUUUUGGGAAUUAUUUGAUGCAGAAGUUGUUUGAUGUUUGUAGUGAAGAUCAGAGGAUGACGAUCCUACUCGUACUCACUGAAGACCCAGCGACAAUCUUCAGAAUUUCUCUGGACAGCCAUGGGACAAGAUCAGUGCAGAAGUUGAUAGAGACUCUUGGGACUCGUCAACAAAUUGCUCUGAUUGCAGCAGCUCUUAGGCCAUGGCUCCUUGAUCUCAUCAAGGACAUCAAUGGAAAUCACGUGAUACAGCAUUGCUUGACAUGUCUCAGGACAGAAGAUACUGAGUUCAUACAUGAUGUCGCCACAAAACAUUGUGUUGAGAUCGCAACUCAUCGGCAUGGAUGUUGUGUCCUGCAACGCUGCAUAGGUUGUUCCACUGGAGAAUGUCAAGCAAAUUUGAUUGCGAAAAUCUCUUUCAAUGGACUACAGCUUGCUCAAGAUGGUUUUGGAAAUUAUGUGGUACAAUAUAUCAUAGGCAACCAUCUUUCAGCCCAUGAGAAUUUGGCAUCUCAGUUUGAAGGAAAUUACGUGCAACUCUCAAUGCAGAAAUUUAGCAGCAAUGUGGUGGAAAAAUGUUUCAAGGAGUUCGGGGAAGAUGUUAAAGCUACAAUUGUGGUCGAGUUAUUGUCAGCUCCCCAUUUUGAGCAAUUGCUGCAACAUCCUUAUGCAAACUAUGUUAUCCAAUCUGCUCUUUCAUACACCAAGGGUGCUACAUAUACUGCACUAGUUGAAGCCAUCCACCCUCAUGUUGCAAUUCUCCGUUCCAGUCCAUAUUGCAAGCGAAUCUUCUCGCGCUUGUCAAAAAAGUCUUGUGCAUUUUAGGACAGUAAGCAGCUCGAUCUGUUGUUGUUCAGUGACCAAUAAAUCUUGUCAUCCCUUUUGUUUAGUAGUGCCGAGUAAGUUGUCGGCUUGUGUCUAGUAUUAGCUUAUAAGU